AUGAGCAGUUCAAGCGUCUAUGAGGAAGACGAAGAGGGAUCCGAGUCCGAUGUCGAGGCCAGAUAUUCCAGCACGAAGCUUUCUGCCUCUUCCCCUCGGAACGACGAAUACAAUAGCUACAAUUCAGCGGAACCCGAGGGAAACACUCCUCCCGAAGUAUUACCCAGAGCUUCGCGGGGAACAAGAGCUCAGAUACUAGAUACUCUUCGCACAUCACUUGGAAUAGAAGCCGUCAACGCAUACACCAAUGUGCUUGCCGAAACAGCCGAUUCUACCGUGUCCUCCGAUGUCCGCAAUGAGAACUACAAUGCCACCCAGAACGGCGUCGUGAUAUGGACUCCCCAAGAGAAGGAAACUUUAUUCAAUAUACUUGACAAGAAGAGUAAAAACGGAAUACCGGAGAUCGCACAGGCGAUUGGCUCGAAGUCCGAGUUGGAAGUCCAGCAACAUUUAAAACUCCUACACAAAGGGCUCGAGCGGCAGCAUCUUCGGGAUCGCCAUAGCAGAACGAUCAUUAUUGGUGAUGUUUCAGCAGCGCUGGAAAUCAGUCAGGAAUGCUGCAGGGCACUCGAGGAUUAUGCAGAGCUGUUGUCCCUCGAAGAACAACGAGCUGAAGACGUUGCCGGGAGGAAGAUACAUCAGGAUGUGUGGGUUGUGGACCGGGAUGUAGCGACAAUGGUAGACGAGCAGUUAGAGGCUCAGGACGAGACUCCUUUGCCUAGUUCAAGCGUCUAUGUUACCGGGGAGCUAUUCAAUUUGGGCAAAUGGAUUAGACUAUCGGAGCGGUUUUUCAUGAACUCGGGUGGUCCAAGGCUAGAAGAGAAUUGGGUCAAUAUAGCCUGUGCAGACGAGGCCCCUUCCAUGACAGCAGAUGCCCUUGCGGAUUUCUAUGCUUUGACUAUUAGCGUGACCCGUCGUCUAGUUCAGUCUACCCUCUUCUUCGCUGCAUCAAGGCUCCGAAAUAUGAGGGAAACUGGAAACCGCAAAGCCCGCGUGGUAAGAUCCCGCGAUGUCAAGACCGCGCUCGACGUGCUCAAUAUGACCCACGAUCGCUUCGAUUUCUGGGUUGGUCUAGCACGGAGAUGCAGACUGCAGGUCGCAGACCUUCGUCACAAGAAAGGCUGGCAGUCACAACUCAUGGACUAUAAUGAGGUUGAAGAUCUACUGUCCGGGAAAGUACCAUUCAACGGGCCGUCUGAUGAGCGGGACUCCAGAAGCAGAUCGGGAAGUCAAUCUUCGCAUGAGGAUGCAGAUGAGUCAAUGGACGAUCAUGACAGUGAGUCCGCGGUGUCAUCGUCGGCUUCUUCAUUGCUAUCGUCGCCCGAACUGUCACCCGUCGACGAGCCAUUUUUGGAUCUGGAGGAUGAACACGCAGAGAAAAUCGAUCAGAAGAACAAUAGUUCGGAGGAACUGAGUCUCUGGAACCUCAUGGGACAGUCAGCACCGCAGGAUAUCGAAUCCCUGAGUUUGGCCAAAGAGGAAGAAUCCAAGUCAUGCAAACCGGCUGGCGAGCGUAAGCUGAAAGAAGACUUGGUUGACUGGCGUGAUAGAACACUAUAUCGAAGCGAGUGGGAGGAAUAUGGACACGAUAUACAUGAUCUCCACGAGGAUUUAUCAGAAAAUAGACGAAAAAGAAGACGUCUUGAGUCCUAUGCAAUGGCUGAGUGGUCCGCCGUCGUGCGAGAUGAAAGAGAUGAUCGAAUGGAUGAUAUGAAGAGAUUACCGGAACUUGAUCCAAACACUAUGAACGUCGAGCAGAGUGCUGAGAGAAUCCGCGGUGAUGGCGACCCUGACGGCCAGUUUGAACACGGUAACGAUGCUAUGGAUAUCGACGAUUCUGAUUCCAACGAAUCAAUUUUGAGUGCCAGCGAAGAAGCGAAGAUGAGGAUCGAGAUGGAUCGUAUUCGAUCUCCUGAUCAUAGCCUCAAAAACAAAAAUAUUCGAUUCAGUUACAACCAAGAAUCGACGGCUGAAGAUGAGUCUGAUGGCGAUGACGAUCAGAGAAAUCGAACCUCACUUGAGUUACGACAUGAAGCCGAAGUCACACCAACAGUACAAGAAGUUCCAGAAGCCGUCGUUAAGCCAGAAGUAUACGAUGUCAAUGAAAGCGAAGAAGACGAGUCUGGUUACGAGUCUGAUUCAGAUGCAUUCGACGAAGGCAUUGACACUGAACACAAACUGUCCCCACAUCAGUCCAGGUCAGGGGGAGUCUCAUUGCAUCAGGAACCUUAUUUUGCAGUCAAGGAAGAGGGUAUACAGUCGAGCAAUUGCGAAAAUUCUAAGCUUGAGCCCGAGUCCGCUUCUGGGUCUGAUUAUGAAGAGGAUAUCGACUUCGAAUACAAACCCGCAAUACACCCUCGAAAUGGAACUGAGGAUGGAGAUGUCCCUAUGAGCCCAUUGGUUAUGCCGCCUUUCAAAAAGGAGAACAUAAAAUCUAGUCAAAGUGGAGAAUCCGGUUCAGAGUACGAGACAGAGUCCGAGGUUGGAUCCGAGCACAACAGCGAUAUCCACCGCAAAGUCGUGCCUGAACAUGCCCAAAUUCGCUCACAGCCAGAUAUCAAACCGGAACUUGAGCAAUCGGGCACCGAAUCAGAUUCAUAUCUCGACCACAAUGGAUCAGACAGCGACAGCGACAGCAACUCGCAAACCGGUUCUCAGCACGGUAUCAAACUCGAUCCGCACAGCGGAGGCAGCCAUCCGGCUUCAGAUAUAGCUCCCAGAGAAUCUCCGUCUGGGUCGGAUUCGGAAUCAGAGGGUGACUCUUCUGGAGAUGAAAACUUCAGCACAGGCAAACGUUCCCGGCAAUCGCUGCAGGAGCACCCGAAGAUAGAACCCAAAAUGGAAAGGGCAGGUGAGCUGUCUAGCUCAGAUGACGAACUUCCUUUCCAGAAACGCCUUGGACGCGGGAAUUCGGGUUCCUCGUCAGAUGAAGACGAUGAGAAGAAAAGUCUCCCUUUCCAUUCCGAGCCUUUGAGUCCGGUCACCUGA